ACCCACUCCUUCGGUUCGCCUCCAACGGAACCCUCUCCCAACUGUCGAUACGCUUCGUCGAUCAAAUUCCUCUCCAUAUAUUCGAUCCGAAUCGCUCCAGAUGGCGACCAAAGUUCUAAUGGUCGCGGAGAAGCCCAGCAUUGCACUGCCCAUCGCCACGGCACUUUCUGGUGGCCGGUUUUCCACAAGAAGGGGCAGUACUGAUGUGCACGAGUUUGAUGGAAAGUUUCUUAGCAGCAAUGCCCACUACAAAGUGACAUCUGUUAUUGGACAUGUUUUUAGCAUGGAUUUUCCAUCUUCAUAUCAGAACUGGGAAGUGACAGAUCCAUUUGAUCUUUUUGAGGCUCCAGUUUUGAAGUCAGAAUCAAACCCAAAGGCGCACAUUAGGAGGCAUUUGCAUCACGAAGCUCAAGGUUGCACCUACUUGGUACUUUGGUUGGAUUGUGACCGUGAAGGUGAAAAUAUAUGCUAUGAAGUAAUUGAAUGUACUGGCAUCCGUGAAACUGGGCCUGGAAGGAGAAUUUACCGUGCUAAAUUUUCAUCUGUCACUGAGAAGGAUAUAUUUAAUGCUAUGGAAAACCUUAUCCAGCCCAAUCAAGAUGAGGCUUUAGCUGUAGAUGCACGCCAAGAAAUAGAUUUGAAGGUAGGCGUGGCAUUUACUAGAUUCCAGACUCGUUAUUUUCAAGGAAAGUAUGGGAAUCUCGAUUCAAGAGUUAUUUCGUAUGGGCCUUGUCAAACCCCUACUCUUGGGUUUUGUGUGCAACGGUUUAUGCAAAUUACCACAUUCAAACCAGAAAAGUUCUGGUCCAUAAAUCCUUAUAUAAUUAAAGACGGCUAUGAACUGCUGCUGGAUUGGGAGCGUAAUAAAGUUUUUGAUUUUGAUAUUGCUGUGAUGUUCCAGAAGUUGGUAGCUAAUGAUGGUAACCUGAAAGUAAUUGAUAUUUCUACAAAGGAAGAGUGCAAACCUCGCCCUUGUGGGCUUAAUACAGUUGGCAUGUUGAAGGUACCUGCAUCCGCAUGUGGAUACUGAACAACAAUCAACAUGAGACUGCUAUACAUUUAAUAUCAAUCAAUGAUUGUCAGUUUGGACCUGUGAAUGUACCUUCUUCACUCAAAACUGUAAUAGAGAUCAGAGCAAUGCCACUUCUUCUUAAAUGUGCUGACUAGAACAUCUCUCACGCACUGACUCACAUCCAUCAUAAUUGGUGCAGACAUCCUGUGGUUUCUAGCAGAAUGUUUCUAUCUCAAGAUAAGAAGGCUUUUCUUGAAAUCUGGAAUCAAAAUAGAUAUUUGUCCAUACCUUUUGCAUCCAUAGAAGAACCUUAUGAAAUGAUAAUAUAUGAAAGCCUUCCAGUUGUGCUACGCAGAACCAUAAGUCCUAUGAUUAUCUUUUAUAUGUUAGGUUUAAAUUGAUUCCUCAUCGGUAUGUAAUACACAUUAAAUGUACAACAAACUGGUAAAUCUGUACUAAUUUGGGCCAGCUGCACAGGCUGUUGUAUGCACAUAACUUUCAUCAAUUCACCCAUAAUAAACAAAUGCCUUAAAAAUGUAAUUAAUUAGUGCUAUUUUCACAUUCUUAGUCUGAGUUUCGGAACAUUUUAAUUGUCUUAUAUUAUACAUAACCUAAAAUUGGACAACAACAAUCUGAAAAUUUUAAUCGUAUCAACGUUCAAGUCAUUUCUAUUCAGCAUUUUUUUGUUAGCAUCUAAUUUGAUAUUGCUUUACUCUGCUCUUGUUAUCAAAUGUCAAUUUAAAUUCUAAUCACUGGCGACAUUGAGAUCGUACAUUGGUUAUGAUAAUGUUGAACAAAUUG